ACAGAUGGCUCCAUAAUGGCGGCUGGUGAGGCUGAGGUGUCCAUGAGAGUUGUUCUCCUCCUGCUCUGGCUUGGGGUGUCUCUGUCCCCUUCUGACCUCUCCCAGGCUGGGUCCUCCCAAUGCCUCAGCUUUCUAGAAGUGGUGAUCCCCUUGAAGGUGACCAACAGGGGCAGAGGUGCAAAGGCUCCAGGCUGGCUCUCCUACAGCCUGCAGUUUGGGGGCUGGAGACAUGUUGUCCACAUGAGGGUCAAGAAGCUCUUGGUUUCCAGACACCUCCCGGUGUUCACCUACACAGACCAGCACGCUCUCCUCCAAGAUCAGCCUUUUGUUCCUGAUGACUGCUACUAUCAUGGUUAUGUAGAGGGGGUCCCCGAGUCCCUGGUUGCCCUCAGUACCUGUUCUGGGGGCUUUCGUGGAACACUACAGAUAAAUGACCUUGCUUAUGAAAUCGAGCCCAUCAGGCACUCUAGCACAUUUGAACACCUGAUUUAUAAGGUAAACACUAACAAGACACAAUUCCCACCUAUGAGAUGUGGCUUAACAAAGAAGGAAAUAGCACACCAACAGUUGGAAUUUGAAAAGGCUGAGAAAUCAACUCUGAAACAAAAUUCUGCUAACUGGUGGACCCACUCAUUGUUUCUGGAGCUGGUUGUGGUGGUAGAUCACAAUUUCUUCAUUUACUCCCAAAGUAACUUCUCAAAGGUGCAGGAGGAUGUUUUUCUUAUUAUCAACAUAGUGGAUUCCAUUUAUCAGCAGUUGGGUACAUAUGUGAUUUUGAUUGGGAUUGAGAUUUGGAAUCAUGAAAAUGUUUUCCCAAUGAUAAACAUAGAACAGGUUCUGGAGGAUUUCUCUCAGUGGAAACAAAUCAGUCUUUCCCAGCUACAGUAUGAUGCUGCACAUAUUUUCAUAAAAAAUUCACUUAUACCUGUACUUGGUAUAGCCUAUGUUGCAGGAAUAUGUCAUCCUCCUAUUGAUAGUGGAGUUAAUAAUUUCCAAGGAGACUCUUGGUCUCUUUUUGCCCUCACGGUGGCCCAUGAGUUAGGUCAUACUUUGGGUAUGCGACAUGAUGAAGAAUUCUGUUUGUGUGGACAAGGUGGUUGCAUCAUGAAUGCUGUCAGAGUGCCAGCAGAGAGAUUCACCAAUUGUAGUUAUGCAGAUUUUACAAAGACCAUCUUAAACCAAGGAUCAUGUCUGCACAGUCCUCCAAGUCCAGGGGAAGUCUUUGUGCUGAAGCGCUGUGGGAAUGGUGUGGUUGAAGGAGAAGAAGAAUGUGACUGUGGAUCUAUAAAGCAAUGUGAACAAGAUCCCUGUUGUCUGUUGAACUGCACUCUGAGGCCUGGGGCUGCUUGUGCUUUUGGGCUUUGUUGCAAAAACUGCAAGUUCAUACCACCAGGAGAACUCUGUAGACAUCAGGUCAAUGAAUGCGACCUUCCAGAAUGGCACAAUGGGACAUCCCAUCAGUGCCCAGAAGAUGGAUAUGUGCAGGACGGGAUUCCCUGUAGUGACAGUGCCUACUGCUAUCAAAAGAGAUGUAAUAACCAUGAUGAUCAGUGCAGGGAGAUUUUUGGUGAAGGCACAAAGAGUGCAUCUCAGAAUUGCUAUAAAGAAAUCAACUCCCAGGGAAGCCAUUUUGGCCACUGUGGUAUAAGUGGCACAACAUACUUAAAAUGUAAUACUUCAGAUAUCUUUUGUGGGAGGGUUCAGUGUGAGAAUGUGGGAGACAUUCCCCAUCUGAGAGAUCACUCUACUUUGCAGCACACUCAUAUCAAUGGUGUCACCUGCUGGGGUAUCGGCUAUCAUUUAGGGACAGACACACCUGAUAUUGGUGAAGUGAAAGAUGGCACCAUGUGUGGGCCAGGAAAGAUCUGCAUACGCAGGAAGUGUGUCAGUCUGUCUCUCCUGUCACAAGUCUGCCUGCCUGAGACCUGCAACAUGAAGGGGAUCUGCAAUAAUAAACAUCACUGCCACUGCACCUAUGGGUGGUCCCCACCCUACUGCCUGCACAGAGGCUAUGGAGGUAGUGUUGACAGUGGCCCAGCAUCUGCCAGAAGAGGAGUUUUCUCGCCACUCGUUGUGAUUCUUAGUUUAUCUGUUUUGCUUUUACUGUUGACUGCUUUAUUUAUGUACCGUCUAAAACAUUUUGGUCCCAAGGAGACUAAGUCUCAUUCUUCAGGUUAAGAAAAUGCCUCUAAUUUAACAUCCUCUGCGUUAUUAACUUUUAGUCUGUUGGCAGUAGAAAUGUUACUACAUGUCUAAAACUGAGCACAUUUCUGACAGUUUACAGAGAAAUACAGAGAACUUCCCUUCUAUCAGUAUCAGAAACAUUGCCAUCAAGCAAAGGUAAUUCCUAACAUCCUCCUAUCUACUGUUCAUUGUUGUAAGCAGCAAAUAA